AUGUCACAGGAGCAUGACAAGUAAGUUGUCCUGACUCUCCACUUCUAGCCUGCACACCGGGCAGGUUGACUCUUAAUAUCUGAAAUACUAACUCUAAAUAUUUCUGGAGAUUUUUUACUUUGUUUUGUGCAUUUUUCCCUGAGCUAACACCUCACACGGACUUAACCAGCAGAGGUUAAACUGUUGCUCCACAUCUGACCUGUAGCUGUUGCAUGAUUUUUUUAAAGCUGUUUGUGAUAUUUGUUUCACUUCAGCAGUCAUUUGCUGUUAUUUUUCUAAAAGGUGAGUUAAGCUGCCAAGCGGGAGAGGAGAUUACAUCUCUGUCAUAGUUUCCCAUGGCUGUAACUCCGCUCAUUUCACCUGUCAUGUUCAAGCCCGUACAGGUGUAUCUCCACCUGUCGUGCGAGCUGCAGGCGCCUGUUAGAAUAAAAACCGUCCCGUGAUACCGACGGGGCGGUUUAGUGUUUGAUUUUGCUCUAAGCUCCAACAGUUCUGUGGACAGUCUUAAUGAUGUUUGUUCAGGAAUAAACAUGGAGCUCUGCUGUGAGCUGACAGCUAAAAAAAACCCCUCUCUGGUAGUGUUUAGGUGCUUCUUUAGGAGUUCACAUUAGCAGCAAAUACCUCAGAACAUUUUUUUAAAAGUCUUUAUUUUUCAUUUUUAAUACUUAGCCUAUUUUUUCUAUGUUUUUUGAGGGCAACGACAAGGAGACAUUUUAAGAGAGUGAAAUUGUACACCUGCUAGGCGUUGGCCCGACUACUUACACAGACAAUGUAAGCAAGCACAGAGCUAUACGAGGUUAUAUUUUUGCCUCUUUAUCACUAAUAUAUUAAACAUGAAAUAUAGAAGACCAGAUGAAGGCUUUUCUAAAAUAUCAGAAAUGAAAAAGCAGCUUUUUCUAUUUUCUUGCACAUUAAAAAAUGGCAUGUCUGUGUAUCACUGAUUUUAUUUCAGAGCUAUUAAAAUCUUUCCUCCCCUGUCUGACAGAACAAUCUCGUACUAACUUCUGUGUUUCCUGUCCUGUGAUUUUUAUUCCCACUCUAUAAUGGAUCUUAUCAGGUUGCUCCUUAUGAAUAGCACAAUUAGAUAUAGAAUUACUAAUGAUCACUUAGCUUUGACUAUUCAGAGAAGAAAAGCUGCAUUUGUUGUAGAUACUGGACAUAGAAACUGAACCAGACCGUUAACACUUUAUCUUAAUAACCUUGUUGUCUUCAGGAAAAAAAAAAAAAACUGCGGAUGGAUGUUGGGGGGAUGAUUAAAACUAUGUUCAGCUUUCCAAAAAUUUCAAAGGGAAAGCUGACAAUUUAGAGGAAACCGUGUUGACAAAGAGCUUUAGUGAAACUCUUCCCAGUCUUAAGGCUCAACACAUCUGAGUAAAUAGAGCCUGAGCAAAUAUUAAAAUUUACUGUAAAUAAGCCAAGUCCACUGUUGAAAUGUUCCUCAAUGUCUUCAACAUUUUGAAACUGAGUAGCUACAUUUCCAUUUUGAAUACAGAGCUUUAAUAAAAAACUUUUACGGCAUUUAAGUCUAUCGCCAUUUGUCCAAGUCACUUCUGCCUCAAAAGGCAGUGAAGGAGGAAGGAGGGUAGGAAAGCCAACGGCCACGCACAAAAAACUUUUUUUUCCCCGAUCAUGCUGUCAUAAGAAAACAGUACCUGUAUACAUGCAGGAAUGCAGCCGGGUGGCACACGUCACUUGUGGUCACCUUCUUAGCCAAUGAGAGCACUGUCCUGGAGUCGUCUGUCAGGAUGAGCCUGUAGAGCAUCUUUCUGUUGAGACGCCUUGGUGGUUCGAUGGUCGAGAUUUGUUGCACAAUCAUUGAAAAUCCUGAACAACAGGUCUCGCAGAUGAAGAACAUCUAUGUGUUUAUCUUUGGCUCUUAUAACCUGUCUGUCUGUUUUGAACAAAGCUGUGAUUUCAGUAUGAAGUCAGUGAGGAGAAUCAAUCUGGGCGAUAAUAAAUCAUAAAUCUGCCCGUUUAAUAUUUCCAAGUAGAGCUCAUUCAGUGUAUUUUGAGUAAAACCUUUACUUUUUGCUUCUUCUUUGCAGAGGGUACAAUUACUAAAUGAUGACAGAAAGCAGAUUUACCCAUUAAGAAAGGAAUCAACAUCUUUACAACCAAUGUAAAUAAACAAUCCUGUCUUUUCACAGUAAGCGUGCAGUCCUGGUUCUGCAGAAUGAGCCGGGUUAUGGCGGCCAGCGUCGCCCCUUCACUACGGAAGAUGAAGCCUGGAAAUCAUUCUUGGAGAACCCCCUGACAGCUGCCACCAAGGCCAUGAUGAGCAUCAACGGAGAUGAGGACAGCGCUGCAGCUCUUGGCCUGCUCUAUGACUACUACAAGGUAUGUGACUAAAAAAGGACUUGUAUCACCAUGCAAAGAUCAGAACUGACUCAGAGUUGUGUCAGGGGAUAAGGUACCAAAUCUUUGCAGGCUUUACCCCUAUGAUCUUUCCAUGCGCUGACAUCAGUCCAUUUAGUAACAUCUGUGAGGCAGAGCGUAUGUCAUGUAACUGAUCCCAUUGCUCGUAUAGACAGCAGGAUGACCCGUGUUGUUGGAUGUGAUGUGGUCAGAUGCUGAGCGGCUGUGUUUACCCUCAUAUACAGGUGCCCAAAAGAACAAUAGCCCAGGGCAAGCCAGAAGCCCUGGUCUGUGAUGAUCCCAACAAAAGGUAAGAGACAGCGACUCUCCUAAUACAACCCCCCUUGAUAAAAUAAAAAGGACAGUGGAGGAGAAUCAGAGCGUGAAAGGAAUUGAAGGAUACAAACUCUGUUAUGUUCCCUAUUUUUUGUAAUAGACCUUAUUUUUAGCUUGAGACUUGAGUUUUAGUUAAACCUCAAGUCUUACAUGUGACACUAUUUCUAACUGACAAAUUUGGAGAGACACUUGAGAUUAAAGUCAAGACAAUUUAAACAAAAUCAUACAUAAAAACACAAAACUAAUAAAUAGAUUGUUAUCUCCUAUAAGGAGUAAGGAAAAUGAAGCAUUAGAGAAGUUUGGUGUCUUGAAAAUGACAUGUUUGUGCUCGUAUCAGAGUUUUUGGUAAUCACAGACCAGGAACUCUGGUUAUCAUGAAGCUUUUUCAUAGAUAAAACAAUAUAGCUGGAGGAAAUUAAACAUUGCAUGUGCUUUUUCCCUUUGUUUUAGACACCAGAUCCAGGCUGGACACCCAAUAGCCCCUCUUCAGGAGGCCGGUAUGGAAAGCAGGAUCCAGGUCCUGAAGGGACCCUUCAAUAUUCUUCAAUUGGCCCAGGACAAGAGGUCCCAGUUCCCCUCACCAGGUCUGUCCUCAUGCAGUAACACAAACAGACUUGAGCAGCUGAGAGAUAUAAAACCUGAUGGUCGCUUUGUUUAUUCUCUCAGAUACGACCGUCACAGUUUCCAUCGCCGCUGUUCCAAACUAUCCACCUGUAAAGACGGAGGUGCCCAGCCAUGGCUUCUCAGUCACCAUUCCCAACAACUGCACUGAAACCGACGGCCACGUGAGCGUCUUUGACCGCCAGAUCGCUCACAACGCCGUCCAGUUCAGCCCCAGCACCCAGUCCAGCACGCCCCCUGACUCCACUUUCUCUGAGAGCUACAAGGACAGUUCCCAGGAGGUGUGUGUUUCGAUCCCCCCUUUUUUUAAAAACCCAGCUAAUACUCUCCCGCCUACCAACCCCCCUUCCUGCUUAUUUUUCCUCGUCUCCUCUCUCAGAUCUCUCCUAUCAGACAAUAGGAUAUUCACCCGAUCCCAUGGAGCCAGCGGUGGGCUCAGCCUUCCCCUGGUUUUAUUUGAACAUGCCAAAAUAGCGACCAGUGUGUUAUUAUGCUAUUGUCUCAGCAACACAAUAAAGUGCUGUACUUUUCUCCUACAAUAGCCAAAGCCUUUUCUCUGUGCUCUUUCUCCAUUUAACCUGGAGGGGAUUUACUUCAGAAAAGAGUAACCUAACAAAACCCCGGUACAGAAGAGGGGAGAGUGAAGAGGGGGGAGGUAACAUGAGGGAAGAGCAAACAGAAUAAAAGGAAUACUGGUUAAGAAAAACAUGGAUGAAAAACAUUUUAAAUGAUGAGAAGAGACAAAAGAGUGAAAAUCCCUGAGAAAAGCACACUACUGCUUGGAUAAAUUGUAGAAAUAAUCUUUUGUGUUGUCUUAUCAUAUAUGUUUUCUCUGUCCUGCAGGUGUUUUCCUUCCCAGGGGAUCUCCAGUUACGUAUGGCCUCCAUGACGCCCGAGGAGUAUCCUCAUUUUGACACCGUGCCGGGGUAAGUCGCACCGCUGCCGGCCCACCGCCUGGCUUCCACCGCCAUUCAGCUUUUGACACAAAACCACAGAAUGGCCUCAUUCAUUGUAGUCGCAGGGGAGACACCAGACUUGCUGAUGUGUGAAAGACAAGAGCCAGCACACACGAGUGUUAUCUGACAACACAGCGAUUUAAGGCUAAGAUUUAGCCACAGCUGUUUAAUUGAGGUGCCAGAUUACACUGUAAAAAGUAGAAAACAAUUGUGGUAUACUAUUUAGUUUUACAACACCAAUCAAUCAUUCAGCUUUUAUUCAUACGUCACAGCUUAAGUUUACCAAUGACACUGAAAAUGCAGAUCAGGUUUGGAGGAUGCUUUUUCACUUUUAUUCAAAGUGAUCUAGCAUUAGAAAGAAAGACAUUAAAGAGAGAGAGAAUAAAAGACAUACAAAUAACCAAACACAGGGUUAGCAUUAAAUUAAAGGAAAGUAGUAAAGCCUCACCGCAGCAAUGCUCACAUUUGCAUCGCCACUACAAUAAUGAUAAACUCAGCACAACAGAUUUUGAUGAUUGUUUUAAAGGGACAUGACUGCCAAAAUAAAUAAAAAAAACAAUGAAUAUGAUAGAAACCCAGUGGAUCAAGUUCCUUUCAGUCUAGGCCUAAAGCGUUAUUACGAGGCUGGUCCAAGACAACACUUUAAAGUGGCAAGGGUAACUGCGAAGUUUAUUUCAAGACAGAGUGGUCUUGUUGUUAAUUUUCCUGUUUUUUCACUGUUUUUUUAGGAAUAAUUUCGAGUACACACUUGAGGCGUCCAAGUCUCUGCGUCAGAAGACUGGCGAUGGCACGAUGACAUACCUCAACAAGGGCCAGUUUUACCCGAUCACACUCAGAGAGGCCGACAACAAAGGUCUUCAGCAGCCCAUCACCAAAGUCAGGGUGAGAAGGAAACAAAAAUAAAGAGAUGGAGUUAAAAUGACUGAAAAUAAUCUCAUGCUUCAUAUCAUUGAAACAUGUUAAUAUCUUUUUUUUUAUGUCCAGAGUGUAGUGAUGGUGGUUUUUGGGGAGGAGAAGUGCAGAGACGAUCAGCUGAAACACUGGAAGUACUGGCACUCCAGACAGCACACUGCGAAACAGCGGUGUCUGGAUAUUGGUAAGAAGUUUUAAAUGUUCAGCUGAGUCUGUUGAUUGAUACUCCUGUGUCUGCAGCUUUUGCAGGACCUGACAGGAGAAGGUGUGUUGGUUAGUUGUGACUGUUAGAAAGGGUUUGUUUAGGGAUUAAUUCAACAGCCUUUCAAAACCGCAGCGAGUCAUACAAUAAAUAAAAGUUUCUCCACUGGAGUGUUGAUUUGAUUCUGACUGCUUGUUUGUUUAGUUUAGCUGCGGGUCUCAUUCUGCAGCUAAAAUAGGCUCCUGACUCUUGUUUGUUGUUACAGCUGACUACAAGGAGAGCUUCAACACAAUCGGCAACAUUGAGGAGAUUUCCUACAAUGCCAUUUCCUUCACCUGGGACACCAACGAGGAGGCCAAAGUAAGACAAGAAAAAGACACACACACAUAGAGACAAAGACAUGCUUUUACAAGGGUGCAGGAUUUGUGGUUUUCCAGGUUACAUACACUAUCCUGUCUUAAAUGUCAAGUUUGAAUCUUGAACUUCUCACCUUUACGAAUGAAAACAGACUGCUCUCCUUUUUAAGGCGGUCCUUUGUGGUUUCAGCCAUUCAAAAAUGAAGGUGUCACAUGCUGGCACCCCUUUGUCAGGGAUUAUCAGCCACUUUGUUGCUCUAAAAUGAUCGUUAAAGAAAAUUGGGGCUUAAAAAGAAGAAGGGGUCGUGUCAAUGCCUUCUGUGUGUUUGGUCUUGUUGCACAGAGACGUGUGUGCAAUUCCCACUCUUGCAUAUACAUUCUUGACUUGUCCAACCUGCCUGUUACCCCUAUUGUAAUGCUGCGUGUCAAAGUAUUUUUGCACACCAGACAACAGCAACAAAGAACUGAGGAAUGAGGAAACUCUCAGGGGGGUGGGAUGACGGGAUUGGACGGCAGAGAAAUAAAAUCCUGUCGAACAGUUAGGUGACAGAGAGGAGGAGCUUCUGUCCCGAGUACGACUGACAGGCUAACAAACAGACAAAGAGACAACAUAACUCUGCAGCUCGUCUCUGGCGUCUGUCUCUGUGUGGGCUGCACUCAAAAUAAAUAAAGUCACAUGACCAAACCUCUGUCACCCAGACCAGGAUGUUAGGUCUAACUGUCCCAUGACUCAAGGCCAGAGGAUGUUCAUCCUUGUGUGUGUGUUCAUUACUUCUGCGUGUGUGUGUGUGUGUGUGUUUUGGAAGCACCGCCCUGUCACAUUGUUUGAGCAUCUUAUUAUUGAUGAUUGAUCUCAUUAGUUUGCCUAAGACGUAAGCAUGUGCCAUCGCCGUGGGGCAAUCCUUGUAGUUUUUACAGUAUGCAUUUGCAGUGUUCAUAUAACAGUCAACCCUUUGGGUCAAAUUUCUAGCAUCAUUAAUUUAAACAAAGAAACCAUAUUUUGAUUGCUUUGCCUCUCUUUGCCUUACAAAAAAGACCAAGGAUCUUAUAAAAUCUGCAAUUUUUUGUUACUGUUAAUCCCUCUAAACAUUAGCUUCAAGGUUUUGAAAAUAUUGUUUAUCUAUCAAUAUAAUCAAACAGUCUUGCAUUAUAUUUCCACCUAACAUCACUUUAUUUAAUAUUACUUUUAUGGCUUUUGGAUGAAAGGUGAGUAUACCAAAAUCAGCCAUUGUAAAUACAAAUAAUUUAUAUAUUUGCAGUAUCCUUAUAAAGAAAAGCUUUUGUAGUCUAAAAGCAGAAUGAUAAAAUAGUUGGAGAUGAUAUUUUAGCCAAACAUCAGCUCUUUAAACUAGUCCUUGCUGCAAAAAUAUACAAAUCAAGUAUUGACCAAUAAAAAGACAGACUCUAGAUGCUUUUGAUGAAUUAAUUCUAAAAAAUACAUUCAAACAGAGUAUCCGAUUUCAGCUUUUUACCAAUAUUAAUAUUGCACUUGAUAUCUGCUACCGACCCCCUGAAUCUUCUCCAUAAGAUGUUUCUGAAGACCAUUUUGAUGGUGUGUGCUGUUAACACAAUGGGUGCCCCUGAAACACGGAAACAAAGGAGCUUUCCGCAGAAGGAAAUAUUUCAGGCUUUGAUUACUGAAUUCAACCAGAAGAGGGCAGCACAGGCUGAUGAGUGACAACAGAGACAGGAGAAAGGCCCUAAGUAUUUCACAAUGAUGCUAAUAUGAUAUAUGUAUGAUCCAGAGGAGGAGGUUAGGCGUCAAGCAUACUUAAGUUAUUUUGUUUCCAAAUGAAAUAUUCAGAUGUUUUGGAUUUUAAAUUUUCUAUCUUUGCACAGUUGAUCCUCAUUUGUCUUAUUUUCCUUCUUCUCUUUGCAGAUCUUCAUCUCUGUCAACUGUCUGAGCACAGAUUUUUCCUCUCAGAAAGGUGUGAAGGGUCUUCCUCUGAACCUGCAGAUUGACACCUACAGCUACAACAACCGCAGCAACAAGCCCAUCCACCGCGCCUACUGCCAGAUCAAAGUCUUCUGUGACAAGGGGGCCGAGAGGAAGAUCCGGGACGAGGAGAGGAAGCAGUCCCGUAGGAAAGGAAAGGUUGCUGAGCUGAACCCCGGCCUUGCCUGUGAGUCAUGAUGUGUACAUGAAGGUCCCUGACACCGCAUUGAUAUAAGCAAGGGUCUUUUUUUAACAUUAUCCCUACCAUUCACGUAAUCUAAGAGUAUUAAAAUUAGCAAUGGAUGUAAAUCACAAUGUUUAUUAAGAUACAGAAUAUUUACUUUCUUUGGAUAAAGGGAUUAUACCUGUGAACAUCCAAAAUUAUUUUGUAUUUAACUCAAUUAUGUGGCUGUUAAUCACUACAUAAAAUAUCAUUUACCUAUUCAGUUUAAGUUACAAUCUCUCAAACCUGAUAACAUAAAGACUUCUAGAUAAUCUCUUUUGUCCUAAUGCUGCAUAAUUGAUAGAAUACUUUUCCUGAACAAUUCAUUUUAACUGAGUAGUAUGAAAAGUACACACAUGGUAAAAGUUACUCUACUUUGCUGCUCCUCUUAGCACAAAUUUAGCUUUUUGUCUUAUAGUUUGGCCCAUUAUUUUGCUUACUAGCGCUCAAUUGUGCAGCUCAGUUCAGUAACUGUUUUUAUUGGAAAGAUUAAGAAAGAAAGAAAGAAAGAGAGAGAAAACAAGAGGGAGAAAGAACCUGCUAUAAGCUAGCUGCCCUGCACAAUUAGCUGCUAGCUACAGGUCAUGACGUAGCAUUUACCCGCUCAUAAGUCAGGGGGUAACUGUGGAACAAACUUGAGUUAAAAAUAGAGUAAAUGUUGUCAUAGGUGCUUGGUAACAAACACCUGAAAAGAGUUGAUACCUCUCUGUGUUUACUUUAUGUAACAUGACAUACUUUUGCUAACUUUGCUGUAGCAUUUAUAUAAAGCUGUAAGUUAAUGGUCCAUGUGAAAUUUCAGUGUUAUGUUUACAUCUUACAAUCCUCAAGAUUUCUUUCUUUUUUUUUUUUUUUUAAACUGCUUUAAACUGGUUUGCCUUUCCCUUUCAGUCGUCGAUGUCAAAGUCCCUCUCCUGCAGAAACGGAAUGAUGUGACCAUCUUCAAAAUGAUGACUGACUUCGAGACUCAGCCUGUCCUCUUCAUCCCUGACAUUCACUUUUCUACUUUUCAGCGCCAUGUGAGUGCCAGAUUAAGACACAGAACUCCUUAUACAGUCAGCUCUGUACAGACCAGCUCAUAUUUCUGUCAUUUUCACCAUUACCAGAGAUCUUGAUACAUUCAUGCACCCUAUGUGGCAUCUUAGGUUUCCUAUAAACCAAUUUUAUUUUUCUGCCUCCACCUACUCACAGACCAGCUGGGUCGAGGUGACCUGCGUGCUUGCUAGUUGGCAGGAACAGACAGUUCUAGUUUCCUGCUCUGAUAGGAGGCCCACAUAGUCACAGCAGUAUUUUAGACUGCUUAAUCACAGGAUGAAUCAUUUACCAGUGAGUCCAAACAAACAAGAGGAGCUCAGAAGAUCCAAUAUUAAUGUGUCUGUUCUGACAGAGACUUUGUUCGGUCAAAAAAGCUGCAGAUAUAUGCAGAUGUUGGUAUUUUAAAGCAUGUUUACAGUCUGUCAGGUUUUUAUCAACGCUGGCCAGCAGACCUUUUCUUUAUGACUUAACUCUGAGCUUUGUUCAGGUGUUCGUUAUUGUAAACUUUUCCAGCAAAUUUAUUUUGAGAGGCCUCUCAGGUUCUUGUUUUCUGUGAAUGAAGUGAUUGGUUGCUUUAUGUUUAAUAGACGUGAAAUUUCUAUUCAUUCAGAAAUUUGACUAUUUGUGAACUUUGAGCUCCCCCUGCUGGUCACAUUAGGGGCAGUCCCAGUACCUUAUCUCUCUUUGUCAUGCUCUCUGUGUGUUUACUUAGUAGACAGAGAGUCUAAAGGAGAGACAGGUGGUUAUUUUUGGUGUUCCCGAUGACAUUGAACCUGGCUGAGCUGUUAUCAGUUUCUGAUAAACUCUGGGUCCUCAGGGUUCCCUCUCAGAAUAGACUUCUAUUAACGGCAACAACGCCAAUCAAUACAGUCGCAGGGCAACAGGAUCAAAUAAUGUUGGCCUUCUGGGAACUGAAACAUCAAACAGUGUAUGUUUGAUUUAUUUCAUUCAUUAUUAAACACAAUUAGCUGCUGGAGGGGAUACAUGCACGUUUUUCAAUUGAUUUUAUUACGAUUCUUAGCUAGUUUUUUCUCUGUAUCUUGUGCAGCACUUUGAAACACUGCUAUUUACAUUUUAGGACUUUGUAUAAACUAAUAUACUCAACGCAGGAUUGAAAUGAAUAAGUGUGAUAAAGGUGGAAAAUGGUUCAACAUGAGAAACCUCUUGGACUCCCGUUUACUUUUCCUUUGACCUGAUUCUUCUGAGUUAGACCUGCAGCAGAUACAAAGUCAAAGUUUUAAACUUUAAUGGAAGACUUUAUAAUAAAAUCAGUGAAAUAAAUGUUAGCCACAGAUAUUUGCAUUUAUAUUUAUCAAUAUUCGUUGUUUUUUAACCUUUGAAGCCAUGGACAUUAAUGUCUUUGUUUGUUUCUCUUGCAGCCUUUCUCAACGGAAGAUGGAGAGGACAGGUGAGUUCACACAAGUCCUGAUUUUACAUGUACUUUUUCCACACUGGCUUGUUGAUAGCUUUGAACUGAGACAACCUUUGGCUCUUUCCAAGUGAAAGGCAUAAAGGGAUUUGUAUGCUGUUUCUAGGAAAUGCCUGUGGGCUAUAUGUGCAUGUGUGUGUAUCUGAGUUUGAGAGUGUUUUAUAGCCUGUUAGCUGGUUGUUAAAGAACAUUUAAGAAGUGAUUUGUGUGUAUGUGUGCGUGUUUCAACUGCAGCUCUGGCAUGAAGAGAUUACCCUUCAGUGAUGACGAGUUUGGCUCACCCCCGAACAAGAUAGCCAGGGCGGAGGAGCCAAAGAAAGGUACAACAUGUGUGUUGUUGUUGUUGUUUUUGUUGAGGUGAAAUGCUUUGACUCUUUACAUGCUGAUUAGUCGGGGGUCAGUAUGUUAAAGACUGCGCUCAUGCGUGUUCACGUGUGUGAGUUAGCUGUGAUCGGCCCGUGAGGACAACUGGCACCGACACACUCACACACACUCACACACACAUACACUCUGAGCCAUGUGAUCAUUCCAGUCCUUUCAAAACACACACACACACGUGUCUAAGGCCUCGACUGACCCAACAAAAUACCACUGAUUACUUGGUGCACACACAAACAAGCUUGUGCCCUUUACCCUACAUCCUUUUCUCAGACAUUCAGCAGGAUUUUUCGAUGAAAAUAUGUGAGUUUCGGCUUUAAGAUGAGGAGAAAGUUUGAAACACCUGUGCUCUACUUUUAUCUGCUCAAAACUUCUUUAUCCCUGAUCUGAUUUAAAUGUACCUGUGUGUAGUCUGUAGCUUGACAGAGCCAAGCCAGGUUUUUUAAGAUAACAAUUUGCCCUGCAGGGUUUACGUCUGGAAACCAUCUGUAGAGGACCAAUUGAUCCUGAUCAGACAUACUCUGAAUAAAUCAGUGGACCACAUUGAUGAUCCAGUACAUUUUUGGAAAAAACAGAAGUCACAGGACACCGCUCGAACGCUUAAAAUAACAUACCUCUUCACAUGCCCUCCUUGUUGUUGCUUUUUGUGAAAUAUUGGAUUUUUCCAGCUUCUCAGGCCUCUUAAGGUCCCAUAAAUGGACAAUUUCCAGAACUAAAUGCAGUCCUUGAAGUGCUCACAACACGUCCAAUCUGUAACCUUUGAUUAUAGGUCAUAAACCAGCCUAAUUUUAAGGGCCACUAGCAUAAAAAGGAUGAACACAAUUGGACUCACUUGAAUCCAGAUGUAGGAUAUUGUAUGUAUGGUGUAAAAACGAAAUGAAGUAUGGCUCUGCAAAAAGUGCAAAGCUGUUAGUCAACCAGAGUUGUAUAACCUCUGCUCCCCAGCUGGUAUGAUUUUCCUGUGAGGGAAUGGGUUGUUUCUUGAUGGUUUGAGUGGAAUCACACAGACAUCAAACUGACUCUCUUUAAUGACGUCUGUCUCCAACAAAGACGCCCAUUUCAGCUCCACGUUGCAAAACUUUGGCCCAUACAUACUGCAGCAUCACGAAACAAAACAGUCACUCACCAUGCUAUUUCACUUCUCUGUCAUUUGGUUGAGCCCCACAAACAAAUGUCUCCAGACUACUGGUAACUCCCGUAGUUACAUUUUGAAAAUAGACGCUUACUUAAAAGCAGGAGGAGAAUGUGUUGUAUUUAGAGGCCGCAAAUAUCACAAGCUUCUCCAACAGAUUGGAAAACAACCGAGAAAAUCUAUUUGCGGCACAAUCUAUUUUAAGGGUUGUGAAUGAGAGGUGUGCUCAUCCUUCUGUUUGUGUAUUCGAAGGUGUGUGUGCUUUCUAGGUGCACUUUGUUUGGGCCAAAGGGUGAGUGCCCAGGCAGCCAGGCAGGGGGUAGUUUUAGGUUCAAACAUCUCUUGUGUUUUAUUCCAUAUCUACUUCUUUGAAAAAAGUAAGUUGGCAUUUAUUGUAGCUCAGUUACUCUGAAGUCAAGAUGAACCAUACAGUCAAAGUACAGAUCCCACACAAAUGGCAAAAAUUAGUUUGACGCAAAUACACCCAACAGUCAUGCCAGUGACCUUUCUCUGAGGCCAGAUUUUGAUUUGUUCUUUCGAGAACAUAUGUGCUGUGCUUUGACGCCCGCUUGUCUUUUUUUUUAACCACACAGUCCUUCUGUACGUGCGCAAAGAGACAGAGGAGGUGUUUGACGCCCUCAUGCUGAAGAAUCCCACACUGAAAGGCCUGGUGGAAGCUGUAAGUUCUCCUCAUUUCAUUGUGGUCACACUGAUGGUUUAUGGAAAUCUUGGCUGUGCACGCUACGACUGUGUGUCUUGGCAAUCGACCCAGAAAUGAAGUCGGGAAAAAGAUGAGAAUAAUCAUGAGUGGAUUUGGGCAAGAGAGAAAGAGGAGGGUGGUGUGUGAGUCAAAAGAGGACACACGAGGGGUAAAAAAAAAAGGGGAGAUUUUACUGGAAAGAUGAGGAAAAAAAUGUUAAGUUGUUAUGUAACGAAAAGGUACAAGGACACUUUGGGGGUAACUAAGUCAAGAAAACAGAGUAUGGGGCUUUUUAACAGUAACUAUGAAGCAUGAACAGUAGAUUUCAUAGACUAAAGUGUGUGUGAAGAUUACAUACAGUGCCAUUUUUUUUUUUUUUGUUAUGAUAAGAAGUCAUGUGAGAUAGGAUGUGUCUUUCAAUAUCUGACUUGUGUUUUUCUCACCCAGAUUGCAGAGAAGUAUGAAUUACCUCUGGACAAGAUUGGAAAAGUCUAUAAGAAGUGCAAGAAAGGGUGAGUAUGAAUCAGUUACACAGUCACACACUUCACCAGGUCUCUGAAGAUAUCACUCCCUCACAGGAACAACCCACAUAACUGACAUUUGCAACUUUAAAUCUUCACGUUUUUCAACCUCAGUAAUUUGUGAUAAAGUAAAACGUAAGCAAUCAACUAGCUGCUGUUUUGAUCUAUUUCAAGUCAUCAUACAAGGUUGAUCUUUAUCGACAUAAGUAUAUUAAAGAUAAAAUAUAAAACACACAUUUUUAAAUUUUCAUACUCAAGCUCCGUGAGCAUUAAGUCAAUUUUAACAUGUUGAAGAAACUGAUGUUUUGCCUAAUCCAACACAACUUCUCAUAAUGAAGGAUGUGUUUCAUUUUUAGAACAAAGCAAGAAGAGCUUUGUAGUCAGGAAAUACUGCCUGUUCAUUCAUUCAUUCAUUCAUUGCAAAUGCAUCAGUCUACAGAAAAUAUGAUGCCAGGAAAAUCAAGAGGCCACCAUUGUUAUACAAGAGAUCUUGCCUUUCUCGCAAGACAUAUAAACAAAACUAUUAAAUGAAAGACACAAGGCAAACUGAAUAUUGAUGUUCAUAAAGAGAUGUUUUUAGAAAUUGAGGGAUUUUUUUUUUCAUUCUCUAAUCAAGAAAACAGUGUGAUAUAAUUUUGGUCUCUUCUCUAUAUCUGAAAUAUAAAACAUAUCUUUUUAGCUUAGCUUGAUUUGCCAGUGACAAAAAUUGAAUACAUUGACUUAUCACAGAUAUAAUGGGGUAGAGUAAGGCUAGAUGUUUUAUCAGUUUUGUAGGCUAAAUCAAGCUAACUAGGCUAUUAUUAAUUUUUUUUUAAGGAAGUGGAGAAGUGUGCCUCAAAGAAAUCAGAAAACAAAUGCUUUCAAAGGAAACUUUUUAAUUUCUCAAAGUGCUUUUUGGUGUAAAAUGUCCAAAUCAGUCAGAAUUUAAGUCACAUUUUAUUUUUUUAAUCUGUGGGAUUGGGGUGAAACAAACUGGUCUCUAACUCGAACUCUUUAACAGGAUUCUUGUCCACAUGGAUGACAAUAUCAUCAAACACUACUCCAAUGAAGACACCUUCCAGAUAACCAUGGAGGAGCAGGGCGGCAUGUACAAACUCACCCUCACUGAAAUCUGAUUGGACAGGAGUAUGUGACAUCACAUGGAGCGGAGCGAUGGAGUCCUCGGGAGUGGUGGUUUACAUGCCUAACUGUACAUGCAGUAAAACGUAAAGCAUGUUUGUGUUCGUGCCUUUUUAAUAAACAGAUGAUGAGAGAUAAAAUCCCACAACAGGAAUUGAAACAGCCAUAGCUCUUAAAUGAUCAUAAAUGUUGAUAAGAUAUUCAGGUUAUACAAUUUGACUCAUCUUGACCUACUUGUGCCUCAAAUGUUAGUGCCUACACAUGUACAUUUUUGUGCAGUGUUUGUGGUGCUGCUAUACCUCAAGCUUUGCAAGCAGCAGUGUUUCUCAUAUGUUGUAGCUCCACAAGGAGAACGGGCUUGUCUUUCCCUUCGUAAAGCCAUAGCACUGAUGAUUACAAUUUGUAAAAGUUGGGUAUUAAGUGCACAAACUUAAGUCAGCAUAUUUUUUUGGAGCCACAGUGCUUCCAGUGUAUUAAUACCAAACAACGUGGCAGUAUUUAGUGUGUGAAACUUUCUUUAACCAUCAUACUGUUAGUGUAGACUAUUGUAAAUGUUGUAUUAUUUUGCAUAGGAUACUUUUUUUUCAAUGUGUAACGGCUCAAAUGAUUUUUCCUCUCAUAUCAGCUAAAAUAAGGGCCUCUUUGUAAGUAUUAAAAGCUAAGAAAUAUAUUAAUAAUAAUAAUGCGAAAAACACAGCUUCCCCUAACCGUAGAGCAGUUUUCUGGAUGUUAAUGAAAAAGGUCAAUGAAUGUCUAGUGCAGCCCACACAGGCUGCACUGGAAGUGCAAUAUGCUAUUUAGAUUUGGACACAUCCAGAAAAACAUCCCUGUUAACAGCAUGAACUUAAGAGUGAGAAAUUGAAACUGAUAAAUUUGUUCAAUUGAAAUGUUGUUGUACAUAUCAGCUGACAAAAGGGUCUAUGUGAUCUCUUCUUUUGUAUCUCAGUACUUAUUGUGUAUAUAUUUAUUAAGAGAAUGGAUGUGGGUCAAUGUUUCUUUUUUUUACCAUAUAUAUCAAAACUUCUUUUAUUCUUAUUAAUAUAAUGUGUUUUUUUUUUCAUUUUAUAAAAAGCUAUUCUAACAUCAAAUGUCAAGGGAUUUAUUAACAUGUUUUUAAAGUCGUUUUUGUAAAGGAUUUGAUGCACAAAGUGCCCAAUAAAGUCUAGACUUCUUCAUA